CUCCCUGCAGCGUCAGAUAAACAAUUGUUUAUGCAAAUCGCUGUCAAGUGAUUGUAGCAACAAAGCAACCGAAGUAAUGCAUUUCAAUGUGAGUUACUGAUUUGAAGCCUCGUUCACACUAGGUGUCGAGCCUCCCACUCCUGCCGGUGGUCGUCUGGGCGCAGGCGCGGGAGGUUCACCGUUCUACCGUGAGCUGUGGUUCAUUGUGCUGAUGGCUGGAGUCGCGCUCGUGCUGUUGGCUCUCAUUCUGGCUAUAGUUUUACACAAGGCAUUGAACAAACCGCCGUUCACCCGAGAGCGGCCGCCCCUUGUACCACUGCCGCUUCACCGCCGCAGCCCGCUGGCCGUCUACCCACCCAGCAACUCCUACCUGUUCGACACGCUUCCGGAAACGGUGGGCUCUCCGACCAGCGUCACACUGAAGGCCUUCACGAUGCACAUGGAGGAGGUGAUCGAGAGUAAAGUGGUUGAUGAAGACGGUUCAGCCGAGGGUGAGACGGGUGUGGUGACGGUCUCAGGUCUGUACUCACAGAACCCUUUACAGCGCAGCGUCAGUCAGCUGAUCGACAAGAAAGACGAGGAAGCGUGGGAGCCGCACUUCAGACGCCUCGACAGCGGCCUGUUUGAAGGUGAGGAGUUUGUGGACAGCAUCAAAGGCUUCAGCACAGUCAGGAAAGAACACACCAUGUUCACGGACACUAACCUUUGACCUUCAUCAUGACUUCUGACCCUCAUCUCAUAUGAGAGUAGGAUUGGCACUUUCUCCAAACAUCACCUCAUAUCAGAGGGACGUAAACCGAACUACUGUAUGUUUUGGUGAACUCAGAGCCGCUCUCGGACUCUCGUCUCGAUGUGUCUCCAACUCAAACAGGAGGAAAUUAGAUUAUUCAGCAGGCCAAAAAAAAAAGGUUCACAUCAACAUUGAACCAUGACACUAAUAUUUCUGUAAGAUGGCAAACAAGCAUUGUUUAAAGUUGGCUUGGAUGGAAUAUUUGUUUUAACAAAUCUUUUUCUGAAAACUAAAUGGUUUCAUUUUUUAAAGAUGUUGUAAUUUUAUGGCAAAUGCAGUAUUUAAGAGGUUACUUGAUAAUAAAGAUAUUAAAGACAUCCUUUUG